AAACGCGUGAGUGUAUUGAAGUGUUGUUUUGAUUUGCAGCAAAUUGGAGUUGAAUUUUUGCUAAUGUAUUGAAUCCUUGUAAUGAUGAAAACUGAUUUAUGAAUGCUGCUGACGAAAUUGAUUAUCGUAUUUGAAUUGUUUUAUCUUUGAGGGUCUUGCAUCAGCACAAGUAGGAAGACAAUCUAAAAAUGGCUUCUGAGAGGGAGAUCUUCAGCAUCAGUGGACCAACAUUUCUGACUGCUAUUGAUUGCCUUGUCCAAGGCGCGUACACUCUCGAACGCGACCGGCGGCAAAACCGGCAAGGCCCACACGCUCUGGCCCCGCCUUGGUGGCAGUUUUUCAAUUUCCGACUAGUCCAAGUACUUGUGGAUGAUCACGAUGUCUCCAUCUUUGGAGCAGUUUAUGAGUUCAAUUUCCAAUAUCCAUACCAUAACUACUACUUAGGCCAUAGGCCUCCACAAUACGUAAUCGCCUUCCGGGGCACUAUCAACAAGGCCGGAAACAGAGAACAGGAUUUCAAGCUCAAUUUUCACUGCAUCUUCAACAAUCUCCACAACAGCACGCGUUUUCAAAUCAGCUAUAAAUCGGUCAGUGAGGUUGUCCAGAGGGUUGGUCCAGGUAACAUAUGGGUGGCAGGACAUUCCCUAGGAUCAUCAAUAGCAUUGGUGAUAGGAAGGGAGAUGGUGAAGACCGGAAUCCACCUCGAGACCUACCUUUUCAACCCUCCAUUUGUGUCCCCUCCGAUUGGACGGAUAACAAAUGAGAAACUAAAGCUCGGCCUCAGACUGGCAAGCAGCGUUCUAACAGUUGGGCUAGUCGCAGCUGUUAAGUCCCAAGAAAAAGACCUGUUUACCUUGCUAUCCACUUGGAUACCCUAUUUGUUUAUAAAUCCGGAAGACCCUAUUUGUUCCGAGUACUUGGGCUAUUUCCAGCACAGGGAGGAUAUGGAGUCUAUUGGCGCUGGGAAAAUUGGGAGGCUGGCCACAAAGCACUCAAUUGGGAGCAUAUUUAAAGGGAAGGAUGGUGAGGCUGUGCAUCUGCUGCCUUGUGCUUACUUGAGUGUCAAUUUGUGCACUUAUGAGAGUUUUAAGGAGGCUCAUGGGAUUCAUCAGUGGUGGAGGCCUGAUUUGGAACUCAAGUAUAAGUUGCAUCAAUAUAAGUAGGAGAGUACAAAAAGAUAAUGGUUUCUCUUUCAUUCCUUUAUCUUUUGUGUGGUUUUUAAGGUUGAAGGUUUGAUGUUGUGGGUUUAUGUGAUGUUGUUAAUCAUUGUAAAUUGUAAUACGUUAAACAGGGCAUAACAAAGUUUGCCCAGUUCGUUGCCUUGAGCUUAAAUUAUUUCUUAGUUGUUUUUUCUUUUUCAAAAAAGGUGUGUUAUUAUUAAAUAUAUUGUAGAAUGCCUUUGUGGUAAAGUGGUUG